CUAAAUCCACAACAGUAAAAUCAGUCUGUAUAUGCAGUAAAACAUGCUUGUUAUACUCACUGUGGAACCUAAGGGGUUAAUCCUCUGCAUUGUGUAAAAAUGCUGUUUGAUUGUGACUUCUCUGGUCCUCCCCUUCUUCCAGUGCCCCCCUCUUAUCUCCUGAUAGAACAGAGGCUCAGGGGCAAGCUGCACAUGCUCAGUUUGGUGUAUAUUGCUGGAGUUUUUUUUUCUUUGGAAAGUGCAUGUGAUCAGCACAGAGCCAAUCUGCACUCUCCAGACAGAGAUCAGGGGUCCUGUAUCCUCCAAAGGAAAAUGAAAACUCCUCCUACCAGCUGGAACCAGUGCUCUGCUGGACACUGAUAGAAAAAAAAGGUAUUUAGCAGUUUUUACACUGCUCAAAAAACU